CAUCUCCCAUCUCUUCUCGUCUUCACGUAAAAAGCUUGAAGCAAACAACAUCUGGCCUCCCUCAAUUUUCGCCCCUUCAGCCACGCAAUCACCGCCGACGAUCUGUGCAUGAUUGGUCUUUGUUCUUCUCCUGCAUUACGGCGCAUCUUCAGACCAAUCGCUCCCGUCCCGUCCAGCAUGGGAGAAGUGGCUUGUCCAGUUAGACUCGCAGUAGCUCACGCUUGGAGCGACAUCCCCGUCCGAUCCCCGUCCAGGCCAGAUGCGAAAAUCCCAUGGACCUUAGACGUCAGUACCGCGCCGAGGCCUGGCCUGCCCGUCAUGACUCCCAUCUUUUGACGGUUGCCUCUUUAAACUUCCUUUCCCCUUCACCUUUGUCACCUUCGUGUCUUUCUUCUUUCCAAUAGUUGAAGCUUCUUGCUUUUGUUGUCUCACCAAGA